GACUCGGGUUGCAGAGAGAACUAGAACUGGGCUCGCCCUAGGGGAAGGCUGUGCGGCCAAUCCGUCCCCUCCCCACACCUACUCUGAGGGGGUGGGUGAUAGAGGAGAGGUUGGGGUUGGAGCAGCGGUGAGGGGGCCCCUCCCUGGCACCUCCCUCCACCAGACUUGGUCGCGCCCGAAGUGUAACACUUUCUCUUUGUCGGAGGAGCUCUUCUGUUUCCUGUGCAGCAGCUCCCGUUGCGGAGGCACCCGAAGCAGCCCUGGCGGACCAAGGAGCGAUGGCAGCGGCCGAUAUAGCUCGCCAGGUGGGCGAAGAUUGUCGAACUGUCCCCCUGGCUGGACAUGUGGGGUUCGACAGCUUGCCUGACCAGCUGGUGAAUAAGUCAGUCAGCCAGGGCUUCUGCUUCAACAUCCUGUGCGUGGGGGAGACAGGUUUGGGCAAGUCCACGCUCAUGGAUACCCUGUUUAACACCAAGUUUGAAGGGGAGCCAGCGACACACACACAGCCAGGUGUUCAGCUCCGGUCCAAUACCUACGACCUCCAGGAGAGCAACGUGGGGUUGAAACUCACAAUUGUGAGCACUGUAGGCUUUGGGGACCAGAUCAACAAGGAGGACAGCUACAAGCCCAUCGUGGAAUUCAUUGAUGCUCAGUUUGAGGCCUACCUACAAGAGGAACUGAAGAUCCGGAGAGUGCUGCACUCCUACCAUGACUCCCGAAUCCACGUCUGCUUGUAUUUCAUUGCCCCGACAGGACAUUCGCUUAAGUCUCUGGACCUAGUAACCAUGAAGAAGCUGGAUAGUAAGGUGAACAUCAUUCCCAUCAUUGCCAAAUCAGAUGCCAUUUCUAAGAGUGAGCUGGCAAAAUUCAAGAUCAAAAUCACCAGUGAACUUGUGAGCAAUGGAGUCCAGAUCUAUCAGUUCCCCACAGACGAUGAGUCGGUGGCUGAGAUCAAUGGAACCAUGAAUGCCCACCUGCCGUUUGCUGUUGUUGGCAGCGCAGAAGAAGUGAAGAUAGGGAACAAGAUGCUGCGGGCUCGGCAGUAUCCUUGGGGGACUGUGCAGGGUGAGUCUCCUGCAGAUGGGCUGCACUCAGAGAGCCCCUCCUCUGUUUUACAGGAGACAUACGAGGCGAAGAGAAAUGAGUUCCUAGGGGAGCUCCAGAAGAAAGAAGAGGAGAUGAGGCAGAUGUUUGUCCAGAGAGUCAAAGAGAAAGAAGCAGAGCUCAAGGAGGCUGAAAAAGAGCUGCAUGAGAAAUUUGACCGUCUGAAGAAGCUGCAUCAGGAAGAGAAAAAGAAGCUGGAGGAUAAGAAGAAAUGUCUGGAUGAGGAAAUGAACGCCUUCAAGCAGAGAAAGGCGGCGGCUGAGCUGCUCCAGUCUCAGGGCUCGCAGGCUGGGGGCUCACAGACUCUGAAAAGGGACAAAGAGAAGAAGAAUAACCCAUGGCUGUGUACUGAAUAGUAUGCCCCGCUACAGCUGGACUGGACUCCACUUAGCCUUUUAAUCGAAGGUUCUUAUUUUAACUGACAACUUUUUUU